GUUUAUAACCCCACCACCGCCGCCACUCCUCAGACUUUCCAAAUAAAACGGAUCCAGCUGUGUGCGGCUGUGCGCCCUCCGUGCGUCACACUGCUCUGCUCCUCGGUGGACGGGCAGACAGCAGCGACUAGGAGGAGGAAGAGAAGGAAAGAUGUCCGGUAUCAUGCUGCUGUCGGUAUCUUUGACUUUGUGCUUGAUGUGGGCGACCGGCGGCGCGGCGCGGAGCGGGGCAGUGGUCCUGCGGGGCACCCUGGAGCGGGGCCCGGUCAGCUUGAACGACAUGUUCCGAGAGGUGGAGGAGUUGAUGGAGGACACCCAGCACAUACUGGAGGAGGCUGUGGACCAGAUAACUACUGAGAGCGCCAAGUCCUCUUUAGCGUCGCUGGAUCUGCGUCCUAACUACCACAACGAGACAAAGAAGAUGAUAAUGGAUGGAGACAGAGCUGUUCAGGUCUUAGACAGAGCUGACAAGGAAACAAAUAACAAAACAGGAGAGAUCCAUCUUUCACACGUCCACAUGGAGAUGUCUGGCCAGUGGAACAGUGUGGAUCACGAAUGCAUGGUGGAUGAGGACUGUGGUGACCUGAAAUACUGCCUGUAUGAGAUAGAGAACUCCAAGUGCCUCCCCUGUAUACCAACAGAUAUGCCCUGCACUAAAGAUGAGGAGUGUUGCUCAGAGCAGAUGUGUGUGUGGGGCCAGUGUACAGUCAAUGCCACCAAAGGAACAGAGGGAACAAUCUGUCAGGGUCAGAGUGACUGCAGGAUGGACCUCUGCUGUGCCUUUCAACGAGAGCUGUUGUUUCCAGUGUGUAAUCCCAAACCAGAGAAAGGGGAGUCCUGUUGGAACCACCCCAACCUGCUGAUGGAUAUGCUGGCCUGGGACCAGGAGGGUCCCCGUGAUCACUGCCCCUGUGCCGACGACCUCCAAUGCCAACCUCAUGGGCGUGGAUCUGUUUGUGGAGAGUAGUACUGGAGAUGAAGAGGAACUUAUACAUAACCCUCUCCGGAAGCUAUACUAACAUCCUUGCUGAGCACUCACCUGCUGAUCAACAGUUAAAAGAACAGGAUGUUGCUUCAGGAAGGGACUUGCACUGUGUUAUUUAUGCCCUACUACCAAUGUGUAUUAUAUAUCAUGAAGCAAAUAAAAGACUUGUUUUUAGUUUUGACUGAGAACCAAAGAAAGCGCCAUUGGGGUCUUUUCAGAAUUAAAGGUGGGCUUCAUUUCUUUUUUGCUGGGUGGAUGAAAACUACAGUAAAACAUAGCUCUGACCAGUAGAGGGCGAACGUUUGUCUCUUUUCUGUGUUUCAGGAUAUGUAACCUGAGAAAUGACACACACACACUCACACACACACAUAUAAAUACAUUCAUGGAAACAGGAAAUAUUCAGGAUGAGUCUGAUAACCACAUGACUGCAGUAAAGACUGAUCUCUCUCUCUCACACACACACACAGGAACAAGAAGCUCUUUGAUUUCCGUGUUAAGAUAGAUUUUGGAUUCAUCCUCAGUGUUUUUCCACAGAGAGACUGAAUUUUUGUCCGUGCUUUGCUGCUUUUAUUCUUCACAUUUUUAAUUUUUGUUAUUUUUCCUGUUGAUCUUGUUUCUUUUCAGAGGCGUGUAUAUUUAGAAUAUAUAGGUUUGUAUUUGCAUUCUCAUGCAAAAUAUCUUUAACAACAUUUCCUGUGGGGAAAAAAAAGAUCCUGCACGUCUGUUAACAGUGCUCACACCCUGCUCUACCAUGUGGACACCUGUGGAAUGAACUUGUAAAGUGGGAGAGGCACUUGGUUUCAGGAGUAUGUUUCCUACUACAAACAUGGGAGUCUCUUGAACUACUUUGUGAUUCUGUAGAUUUUAGUUACAGUGAUUAAAUGUUAAACCUGUUUAACCUUU